AACCUGAUGAAAUUAAGAACAAGAUCCAUGAUAUUGUUCAAAAACAUGUAAAAUUAACUGAUAAAAAUAAGUGGAUGGACGUCAAAUUAACUGAUCCAAAACUCAAAUUUGAGAUUCUACGAGAUUGUAUGUCUUUAACGGAUAGAAAUAUUCCAAAUCUAGAACUUAAUUCCAUUGAAACAGUUGGUGAUGCUGUAAAGUUUUAUUUGGGUGAAGAGAAGAAGGACCCUCGAAUUGGUCACCCAGUGGCUGCUUGGUUCAUGGAGAAUGAAGAUAAAUUACCGCCAAAUAUGACUUUCAUCCCAUAUGUAAAAGAGUUUGGGGUAAAAAAGGAAGAUCGAAGAAAAAUACAAAAAAA